AUGUAUGGCCAAGACGAUAAUCGAAACAUCACAGUUCCCUCUCCGACUUACCAGAAUCCAUUCAGAACUCCGGUUCAGUCAGAGACGGAUGGGCAAGAGUUCACUUCAGACUUAUCUUUAGAAGAGAAGGGCUUUGAAGUUUCAAGUCCCUCUUUGCCGUGUGUGUCUGUUGACAAUGACAUCGGUCCCUACAACAAUGAAGUUUUGUCCCAAUCCUUGUCAUUUGCACAAGAAUUUAGUCGAUAUCCACCUUUAACUAAUGAAACGCCGAAGGAAGAAUAUCAUGGUCAUACUAGUUCUCUCAACAAAGUAGCCAUAUUAAAACAGAUUUACGAUACAGUCACAGGAGUAUUCCGGCUGAAGGAAACUGAAGAAAAAGGAAAGGCAGAUGAGUCAAUUGAUAUUUUCUCAACGAGCGAAUUCUCUAGUGAUCACAUACGACAUGUGGACGAACUUGAUGAUUAUUUAGGAUGGGGUCGCUUUUGUGAUAUUAUGUUUUUAAUCUUUCUUAUGCUGGGCAUAACACUUCUCUUUAUCGUGUUUCCUGUACUUACCUUUUCUGGCAAUGACCCCUUUGAUCCAAGCAAUCGUGUCACCAAUUCAAAACCGCUAACAGAUCACUUGUUUGGAAACUUACGCUAUCUUCGUACCAGUCUCAUUGACAAGGAUACUCCGGUCAACGCAUAUGAGAAAAUUGGCGCCAAUGGAAAGAAGUACAAGCUUGUGUUCUCUGACGAAUUUAAUGACGAAGGCCGUUCUUUCUACCCGGGUGAUGACCAGUAUUGGGAAGCAGUGAAUCUGCAUUACGCUGCCACGAACGAUCUCGAAUGGUAUGAUCCCGAUGCUGCGACAACCGAAAACGGAACACUGGUUAUUACAAUGGGAUGCACUCUCAAAUCACAACUUAAACUUUCGUUCCGCUAUGCUUCAGGUGGCAUCUUUGAGGUGUCUGCUUCACUUGCCGGUACAGGAAAGUCUGCUGGAUUCUGGCCCGGCUUAUGGACUCUUGGAAACCUUGGACGGCCUGGUUACCUUGCAACAACUGAGGGUGUGUGGCCGUAUUCUUAUAAUGAAUGCGAUUCAGGAAUCACGCCCAAUCAAUCUACACCGGACGGUCUAUCAUAUCUUCCCGGUCAAAAACUUUCCAGCUGUGCUUGUCCCGGAGAGGAUCAUCCUAGUUUGGGAAAAGGUCGGGGGGCGCCCGAAAUCGAUGCUUUGGAAGGUUCAAAUACGAAACUUCAUGACGACGACCCUGAUGAAAUUGGUGUUGCUUGUCAGUCUGGGCAGUUUGCACCAUUCGAUUUGUAUUAUUAUCCUGACUACAGGUUCAUCGCGAUACACAACGAGAGUGUUACGUGCAUGAAUACUUACACAGGCGGACCAUUUCAAGAAGCGUUGUCGGGUGUUACUGUACUGAAUCCGGAGUGGUAUGACCGGAAAGGAUUUCAAACCUACGGUUUUGACUAUAUGCCCGGAACGAGUGAUGGUUACAUUUCAUGGUUUAUUGGAAAGAACAAAACAUGGACUAUGACGGGGCAAGCCGUAAAGUCCAACGGUAAUAUUGGGCCGCGAAUAAUUAGUGAGGAGCCUAUGUCAAUUAUUCUAAACUUGGCUAUAUCUAAGAAUUGGGCAUAUUAUUAUUUUCACAGGCUCCAGUUUCCUGCCAAGUUGUACAUUGAUUACGUACGAAUAUAUCAGGAUCCCGAACACACGAAUAUGCAUGUUACUUGCGAUCCUCCAGGCUAUCCAACAACCAAAUAUAUUGCAGCACACCCAAAAGCGUAUCUCAAUCCAAACGCUACGUCUUGGGAGGGAGCUGGAUACAGAUGGCCCAAGAAUUCGCUGAUGCAUGAUUGCGGUACCUCGAGUUAA